AUGCCGACUGCUAAUGAAAUUUUUGCGCUCCUGGCAGGAGGACGAUUGUUUACAACUUUGGACCUGGAUCGAGCGUACACACAGGUGCCAGUUGAUGAACAGACAUCAAAACUAAUGACAUUAAAUACAACCAAAGGUCUGUUUUCAGUACAUAGACUAGCAUUUGGUGUUAAAGCCAGCCCAGGUAUUUUCCAGCGAGCAAUGACAGCAUUACUUGCAGAUGUCCCAGGAGUUGCUGUUCUGCUUGAUGACAUUAUUAUUACUGGUCAUACACUAGAUGAAAUGAAAACACGACUGAAUAUUGUUCUGCAACGUUUAACAAACAAGGGACUAAAGCUUAAGCAAAACAAGUGUAAGUUUGGAAAGACGCAAGUUGAAUUCUUGGGAUUUCUAAUAGAUGCCGAGGGUAUACACCCUGCAAAAAGUAAAAUUAAUGCAAUAAUAAACACGCCACCUCCAAGGAAUGUUCAGCAACUUCAAGCAUUCCUUGGAUUAUAUAAUUUUUAUGAACGCUUUGUACCUCACAAAGCAACAGUUUUGGAGCCACUACAUAGAUUGUUGGACCAAAAGCAGGAUUGGAAAUGGAGUAAAGAGGAACAACAAUCUUUUAAUACCGCAAAAAGUUUACUUGCAAAUGAUGUCUGUCUUACACACUAUGACACAAAGAAGAAACUGAUUUUAACUUGUGAUUCAUCAGACUAUGGGGUAGGAGCCGUUCUGGCACAUAUUAUGGCUAAUGGUGAUGAGAAACCAAUAGCUAUGGGAUCAAGAACACUACACCCACAUGAAAGACGAUAUUCUCAAUUAGAUAAAGAGGCCACAGCAAUUCUGUUUGGGAUUAAAAAAUUCAACAAUUAUUUGAUGGGUCGUCGAUUUACAAUUAUAACGGACCAUAAACCGCUUCUGGGAAUAUUUGGGACUAAGAAGAAGAUACCAGAUAUUCUUUCACCACGAUUGACUCGUAUAUGUUUGACCUUAGCAGCACAUGAUUAUGAAAUUGAAUAUAAACGUGGUAAGGAAAUUAGUAAUGCUGAUGGACUUAGCCGCUGGCCAAUGCCAGUAUUAUCUCAAGAUAUUGAUACUCCAGGGGAGGUUCUCUUAAUAGCAGAAACACCACAUGACUUGCCAUUUGGUCCAAAAGACAUUGAAAGAGCAACUUCUGGAGAUCCAACUCUCCAUAGAGUAAAAUGGUUCAUUUUAAAAGGGUGGCCAGCCCGAAUUACAGAUAAAGAGUUACAUACAUAUUGGUUACAUCGCUUGGAGUUGAGUAUACAAGAUGGCUGUAUUUUAUUGGGAAGUCGUGUGGUAUUACCAAAUAAACUUAGAGAGGACAUGUUAAAACUAUUACACCAAACUCAUAAUGGUAUAGUACAUACUAAAGCUCUGGCUAGGAGUUAUGUAUGGUGGCCACAAAUGGACAGAGAUAUAGAGAAGAUGAUCAGCAACUGCCAUUCCUGUUUAGAAAAUAGAAAUAUGCCAACAAGAUCAUCACAUGAAUGGAUUAUGCCUGCUAGACCGUGGUCCCGUAUUCAUGUUGAUUUUGCAGGACCUUUUCAAAAUAAAAUAUUUUUGAUAGUAGUAGACUCAUAUUCAAAAUGGCCUGAGGUUCACAUUGUAAAUUCUAUGGCAUCUAGCAUUGUUAUCAAACAUUUACGAUAUAUUUUUGCGCAACACGGGCUUUGUGAAACAUUGGUAUCAGAUAAUGGUACAUCUUUCGUGUCAAAGGAUUUUGAGGACUUUUUAGUGGCUAACAAAAUAAAACACAUUAGGACAGCACCAUAUCAUCCCGCCACCAACGGGCAGGCCGAGAGAAUGGUUCAAACUUUAAAAAAUAAACUAAAAAAGAUGACAGAUGUACCUUGGGAAGUAAAAUUACCAAGAAUUUUGCUGACAUUGCGUAGUACGCCUUGCACAUCAACUAAGAGAAGUCCAGCCGAAUUAUUGAUGAAUAGACAGCUGCGGACUUUAUUAGACACUGUUCACCCAAAUAUCAAUCAUUACAGAAAGACAGAAAAUCAGAUUAUAGAUAAUGCAAAUAGGAAGAAUCGUGAAACUCAAGUUGGAAAGAAAGUAAUGUACAGGAACUAUGCUGAAGGUGAAAAGUGGAAAUCUGGAACAAUAAUAGGGAAGGAGGGUCCUUCUAGCUAUAGAAUAGAAACAGAAAAUGGAGAGUGUAUGCAUAGACACAUAGAUCAAUUGGUAACACUUAAGGACACAGAGACAGAAGAGUUAAGAACACAGGGGACAGAAAGUGAAAUACAAGAACAGGUAGCAGAAGUGGAGCAGGAAUUGACAAAUGAAAACUUAGGUGAAGAUCAGACAUGGGAAACAGUGCAGGAGCAAGAUAUAAUUGAGAUACCCAGUUGUGACCAAUGGGCGGACAUGCUGGGAAUACCAUCAACAUCAAAUGUGGGAAAGAUUAGAAACAAACCCAAAGGACAUUCUAAACUCCCUUAUGAUAGAUUGUAA